CGAGGAGAAGAAAGGUGGAAGGCUACUGGAGGGUUUUUUGCUGCGCAUCCUCAGUGCGCAUACCCGGAAAAACAAGCAAAACACAUGUGUCCGAGGAGCCGCCGCACAAGAUGGACAUUUGACACAGAUGAGGUGUCACAGGUCCAGGUGGGGUCAUGAAGGGUCGCAGCCAUCGGGCUGGACGAGCUGCGAGGAAGAGGAGGCGGAAACAGGAAAGCCUCGUCCAGUCAGUGUCUCUGUGUCACCAGCUGCAGUACAUGAGACUGAUGAAGUUUCUUCACAAACGAGGAUUCACCUCAACGCUGCUGCAGCCCGCCCUCUUCACAGACACAGGCAGAGGACUGCAAGCUCUGAAGACCAUCGAGCCUGGCCAGCUGAUGAUUUCCCUGCCAGAGUCCUGCCUCCUCACCACCUCGACUGUCCUGGACAGCUACCUGGGACGCUACAUCAAGAGCUGGAAGCCCCGCCUCUCUCCCCUGUUGGCUCUCUGUGUCUUCCUGGUGUGCGAGCGGCACAGAGGAGAAGCCUCUGAUUGGUUCCCCUACAUCGACGUGCUGCCCACCACCUACACCUGCCCCGCCUACUUCACCGAUGAUGUCGUGGCCGUUCUGCCUACAGGUGUUAGGAGGCGGGCUUCAGAGCAGAGGGAGGCGGUGCGAGAAAUCCACUCCUCACAUCAAGACUUCUUCAGAUCCCUUCAGCCAAUCCUGAGUCAGCCUGUGGAGGAGGUGCUGACAUAUGAAGCGUUAAGGUGGGCUUGGUGUAGCGUCAACACGCGCUCUGUCUUCAUGUCCCACCCGUCCAACAACUUCCUGUCUGGACAGGACGUUUACGCUUUAGCUCCGUUUCUGGACCUGCUCAAUCACCGCCCUGACGUGCAGGUAAAAGCGAGUUUUAAUGACGUGACGAGAUGCUAUGAAAUCAGGAGCGUUUCCGGGACCCUCCGCUACCAGCAGGCCUUCAUUAACUACGGUUCCCAUGACAACCAGCGCCUGAUGCUGGAGUAUGGAUUCGUCGCCACCUGCAACCCUCACAGCGUGGUCUAUGUGCAUACAGAUCUCCUCACUGAUGUUUUGAGAUGUGACAGGAGUUUGGAUCAGAAGAUCAAGUUUCUCAGAGAGAACGAUUUCCUUCAAAAUCUGACCGUGUCCAGUGAAGGCCCCAGUUGGAGGCUGAUGACGGCUCUCAGACUGCUGUCACUGCCACAAACAUUAUAUCACCACUGGAAGGCGGUGUUGCUCGGCCGGGCGGUGUGUGAGGAGAGGGAGCAGUGGAGCGUCCAGACAGCAAAGACUCUCUGUCAGAGGCUUCUGCAAGACACACACUCAGCCCUGGAUCAGAUCUCCCUCCUCCUGCAGCAGUGCGAGCAGUCAGUCCGGGAGCAGCUCCAUGUGGUCCAGUCACUGCGACAGGAGGAGAGGUGCAUCCUGGGAAAAAGUCUGGAUGUACUGGAAGACAUGCUGGGACAACCAGAUGAACUGUUGUCAUGCCAACCUGAUGCUGAAAGCGCGAGCUGAUGUCGCUCAAAGAACUGAGGUUACUGGAUGAACGGGGAUGACGGACAGUCCGGUUUGAUUCCGGAUGUGCUGAAAGAGCGUCUGCCCUGUUGUAAUGGCCCCUGAGCAAGACAGAAAGGCAGCUCUCAUCAACACCAUCACAAGAGCCGGAGAAAGGUCAAAGACAGUGUACAGAAAAUGUGCAGGACAAACUGGUCUUGUAACUAUCUGCACUCAGGUAAAACAGAAUUAUAAGGAAACAGAGUAAAGAAGAUAACCAUCACAGGAGCAGAAGUGCCAAUAAGGACGAACUAAUCAGUCGUGUUGUCUGAUUUAUUUUCUGAUUACAGAGACAAAAACUGAAACAUUACACAGCUUUUGUCACAACAACAUGAUUCCAGUUCUUGUUUAGAUUGUAAUUUGAUGCGAAAACGUAACAUUUAACACUGCUGUGUUUUUUUUUUAGAAAAUGAAAUGAAGCCUUGUGGGUUAUCAAGGAAACAUCAGGUAAAAAAAAAAACUCCACAACUCCACAGGCUCUGAUGGUUUUAGCCAUAUGAAACCUUACUCAUUUAGAAGUGAGCUGUGAAAUGUAAAGACUGUCUGAAUGUGGUCAAAGGUGUCUGUAUUUUUUAAAUAAACGCAGUGACUCGUC